CCUGUCUCACCUGAGCCUAUCAAAAUAGGAAUAAAAACUACAGGGACCUUUGAUCCUCCUCAAGCAGGUGGAUUUGUUCAACUGAGCGGCAAUAUCAAUGAGCAGCACUGUGCACCAUCAGUUGACCGUGAAGCUCAAAAUCUAAAAGGGCGCAAGAACACUAUCGUAUGUCCACAAGUUAUAAUUCAAAAUCAGCACACAUCAAAAACCACAGAGAACAAAUCAUCACAAAUCAAUCAUUUUGUUGAAGAUAUUCAAGAAAGGAAGAAAAUAGUGUCUUUAAGCGACACAAAUCUUUUAUGCCAAGGAACGCUGCUAUGGCUACAAAAAGAGAAAGAGGAAAACAAACACUUGUUUCGCAGAGGAAGAGAAUGGUCGUUUGGAGGAAGAGAAUAACAUAAAUGGGCAGUUUCUAAUAGGGUUGAAAACGGAAGGAAGAAAAAGUAGUACUUUUUAAAAGAAUCUUCCAAUUAAACAGUCAUUAUAUUUUUAUGCCUUUAUAAUUGUUACUAUUUGUUAGUUACCAUUUGGAUUAAAUCAUUAUUAGAAAUGUAAGAGAGACUGCUCAUCGACUUUAAAUUCACGGAUCACUGUUUCACUGAUUCAACAUC